GAGCACUUGCAGCACUGUCAGCAUUGCAGUGCCACCAGCAGCUCUCUGCUGCUGGAGGGACAACAACCCCUCAGGGUAGGGAAAUGAGGAAUGGUAGAAACCUGCUGAGAGAGGGAAAGCGUUUGGAGAAUGUCCCAUUCGAAAGAUUGUUUCUUAUCAGGGGGAAAUCAGGAGCCAUUCAAAGAAAUCUGCAAGUCGAGCCACUUCCUCUGUGACAGGAAAAAAAAGUCAAGACAAAUAAAUGAGAGGAAGUCAAAUUCUGACGUAGCCAAAGAUUAAAUUUCCGAUUCACCCGCCAAGCCUUGCGAAACAAUGGCAGGACAGGGAACAGAGAGAGCCAGCAGGACGGGAAUGGGGAGCUCCUGUUGAGCUGGGCACUUUCUCCUUCAUGUCACUGACCUGGGAAGAGCCACUUUAGGACAUGGAUCCCAAAGGAGCAAGAGGUACCAGGAAGCACCGCUGAUCUGCACAGACUCCUUUGCCUGCUGCUGCCCCACAGGGAACAGGGAGCUGCUGAGGAGCUGCGUGGUCCAUCCCUGGAUUCUCCAAGCACUGACUCCCCAUCCACUCUGACCACAGCCAGGGGCCACAUCCCACCGCCUGCCCAGCGUCCAUCCAUGGAGGUGAGCACCGUGUCCCCAUCUCCCACCUCACCGACCGACGGACCUGGUCAGUGUGAGACCAAUGUCUCCAACGUGGCCACAGACCUUGUGACGCUGCUCUUCGGCCUCUGUGGGCUGGUUGGGAACGGGGCUUUCCUCUGGCUCCUCCAAAUUAAUUCCAUCACCGACUUUGUGGCAUUCAACCAGGCCAGCAUCGACUUCCUCUUCCUCAUCUUCAUGGUUCCCUCCACCCUGCUCUUCCUGCUGGCAGAGGUUUCCUGCUCUGCUAAAAUGCCCCCAAUAUAUCUGAGCUUGCUGUCCCAGCUGUCACUGUUCACCUACACCAUGGGGCUCUACCAGCUGAUGUUCAUCAGCAUCGAGAGGUGCAGGUCCAUCCUCUGCCUGUUUUUCUGCACUGGGCAACGUUCUGAGCACCUGCGGUGGGUGGUGAUGAGUGGCCUGUUCUGGGCUUUGUUCUUUGUUGUCACCGCUGUCAAUCCCACAGUGACUUCCCUGUGCCAGUCACACGAGCAGGAGCAAUGCCAGGUGGCUCUCACCUCCAGGUACGCCCUCAACCUUUUCCUAGUUGCUGUACCCCUGCUCAUUUCCAGCACAAUCCUCUUCAUUCAUUUCAAGCCCAGCUCCCAGCAGCAGCAAUACAAGAGGCUCGACAUCGUGAUUGUCCUCGUUGCACUCCUCAGUCUGCCCCUCAGUCUCUGCUCUUUCCUGCAGCAGCUCGGUUACACGGUUGUGCCCUCCCACACGGUUUUCCUGCUCACCUGCAUCACCAGCAGCAUCAAACCCUUCAUCUGCUUCUUGGUGGGGAGCUGGAAGAGAGACUGCUCCAUGGGGAGCUGCUGGAGACACUGCUCCAUGGGAAGCUGCAGGAGGCACUCCUCCAUGCAGUCCCUAGGGAAGGCGCUCCACAGGGUGUUUGAGCAGCCAAAUGAAAACACUGCUCGCAGCAAUGAUCCCAACAUGGACUCAGUGCUCUGACCCUUCCACUGCACUGCUGAGAGACUCUGGGACAGUGGCUGAUGGAUCCCUUGAGUCACCUGAAUAAUAAACAUCUAAAGUGUCA